GGAGGGGGUACCGGGGUGGGGGCCGCUGCCCGUCUUGAACCCUGGACGCUGGAUGCUGAGUGAAUGAGUGGAGGCAUAGAUUGGAGGUGGACAGGCGAUGGAGGGAGUGCCACAGCCGAGCACCAGAUCAUGCGGGAGAACUGAGCGACAGACGUGAGAGGAGAGCGCUGGUGAUCGAGCGUGGGGGCCGCGGGCGGUGGGCAUGGAGCCCGGCCUGGUCUGGUUGCUGACCCUGUGUCUGCCGACCUUGGCUCUGGCUGAGAAGGUCUACCACAGCCGUGAUCACUCGGACAUCCAGGAGCGAGCCUGGACCAGGGCUCGGCCCGUACUCACUCUCAAGUCCGCACAGGAGUACCUGGACAAGUAUGGCUGGACGGAGCCGGUGAACUGGGAGGAGCUGGCCUACCAGGGUGUGUCGGUGGUAGCGGAGGAGGAGCCAUCGCUGACGGAAGGCGUGGGGACGCCGGCAGAGGCCCAGUCUAGCCGGCGGCACGUGCAGGAGCCCGAGGGCAGCCCGUCGCUGGGGGCCCACUACGCCGGGGCCUUGCUGCGCUUCCAGCGGGCCAGCGGCCUGCCCGCCUCGGGGCUGCUCGACCAGCCCACCCGCGAGGCCAUGAACACACCUCGCUGCGGCGUGCCCGACCACAAGGCCCAGGACCAGGAGCUGGGGCCCAUCAACGUCACCGCACACGGCUAUAACCCUCCCCUCGGCAGCGCCCCGCCCACCAACAAGGCCAUCACCCUGCCCGCCAGGUCACAGGGCAACGGCCAGAGCCGGCUACACCUGUCACAGAAGAGCAGACAAGGUCAACUCGACCAAUCACAGACCGACAGAGGUCAACUCGACCAAUCAGAGACCAACAGAGGUCAACUCGACCAAUCAGAGACCAACAGAGGUCAACUCGACCAAUCAGAGACCAACAGAGGUCAACUCGACCAAUCAAAGACCGACAGAGGUCAACUCGACCAAUCAGAGACCGACAAAGGUCAACUCGACCAAUCAGAGACCAACAGAGGUCAACUCGACCAAUCAGAGACCAACAGAGGUCAACUCGACCAAUCAGAGACCAACAGAGGUCAACUCGACCAAUCAGAGACCGACAAAGGUCAACUCGACCAAUCAGAGACCAACAGAGGUCAACUCGACCAAUCAGAGACCAACAGAGGUCAACUCGACCAAUCAGAAACCAACAGAGGUCAACUCGACCAAUCAGAGACCAACAGAGGUCAACUCGACCAAUCAGAGACCAACAGAGGUCAACUCGACCAAUCAGAGACCAACAGAGGUCACCUCGACCAAUCAGAGACCAACAGAGGUCAACUCGACCAAUCAGAGACUGACAAAGGUCAACUCGACCAAUCAGAGACUGACAAAGGUCAACUCGACCAAUCAGAGACCGACAGAGGUCAACUCGACCAAUCAGAGACCAACAGAGGUCAACUCGACCAAUCAGAGGCUGUUGGCCAAAGACAGCUCAACCAAUCAGAGGCUGUUGGCCAAAGACAGCUCAACCAAUCAGAGGCCAACAAAGGUCAACUCAACCAAUCAGAGGCUGUUGAGCAGAGUUGGCUCAAACAGUCGGACACUGUUGGCCAGAGUCUGUUCAACCAAUCAUUGAAGAGCGACGAAGGUCAACUCAACCUAUCGGAGGACGUGAGCCAAAGCCAACUCAGCCAAUUGGAGAAGGAUGACAAAGGCCAACUGGACCAAUCAGAGGCCGGCAGCCAAAGCCCCUUCAACCAAUCGGAGAGCGACAAGGUCAAGCUUGACCGGCAAGUGACCAACGUCCACGGUCGACUGAACCAAUCAGAGAACGGCACGCUGAGCCGACUCAACCAAUCGGAGAGCAGCCUUGACCGGCAGGCGGCCGGUGGUCAAGGUCGACAGGACCAAUCGGGGAACGGCACGCAGGGCGUACCUGGCCAGGGGGCGAUGGGGGGGCAGGGUGAGGGGCAAGGGGGGUCUGGGGAGGGAGGGGGGUUGGGGACGGGGCACUGGUUGGCGGGCAAGCUGCGUCCCCGGCGGACGGCCACUGACCUGCUGGACAACACCUACCCCCAGAUGGCCUUCAGCAAGUCUCGGCUACGCUGGCGGAUCCUGGACGAGGGCUACAGCUCGCAGCUGACCAUCGACGACCAGAAGAUGAUCCUGCGGCUGGCCUUCCGCAUGUGGAGCGAGGUCACGCCCCUCAUCUUCAUCGAAGACCUCACGUCGCCCGCUGCUGACAUCGCCAUCAAGCUCGGCUUCGGAACCAAGAGGCACCUGGGUUGCUCGCAGGUGUUUGACGGCACGGGGCAGGAAUAUGCUCACGCCUGGCGACUGGGAGACGUGCACUUCGACGAUGACGAACAUUUCGUCACCCCCUCCAGCAGCGAGGGCAUCAGCCUCCUCACCGUGGCUGUGCACGAGAUUGGUCAUGUUUUGGGGCUGCCCCAUAUCAGGAGGUCGGGCUCCAUCAUGCACCCAAACUACAUUCCCCAUGACUCAAAAGACCUGGAGUUAGACUGGCACGAUCGCAAGGCCAUCCAGCAGAUCUACGGUGUGUGUGAAGGCAGAUUUAACACGGUGUUUGACUGGGUUCGCCGUGAGGAGAACGCCUUUGGGGAGGUGACGUACCGCUUCAACACGUACUUCAUGCGGCAGGGCUGGUACUGGAUGUACGAGAACCGCUUCAACCGCACGCGCUACGGGGACCCCAUCCCGCUGGUGGUGGGCUGGCGUGGGCUGCCCCCCGCUGACAUCGACGCCUUCGUCCACAUCUGGACCUGGAACAAGGACCUCACCCUCUUCUUCAAAGGCACGCUGUACUGGCAGUACGACAACGACAAUGACCGGGCUCUGGGUGAGGACGCGCUGGGGAACCGCUACCCACGGCCCAUCGGCCUCGCCUUCCCCGGCAUCGACGGGCCGCUCGACUCUGGCACUUUCGACAAGAGGGACCACUGCCUGUACUUCUUCGUGGACCCAACGAUGGUGACAGCGUUCAGUGUGGAGCAGAACACCACAGUGUCGGGGUACCCACGUUCGAUUGUGGAUCUGUACCCACCGCUGGUGAAGGGGGACCACCCACUGGGGCAGCUGGACGCCGUGUACUACUCCUACACCCACUCCGCCCUCUUCCUGCUCAAGGGCGCUCUCUACUGGCGGGUGGUGGGCGAGCAGGAGCGCCAGCUCAACGCCUCUCUGCCCCUCAAUGCCCUGCUACCCCACCACCGCAUCGCCCAGCGCUGGCACGACAUCUGUGAGGUGGACAACACUCGCUCCCCGGGGAGACCCUAGUCCACCCCACACAACUCCCCCCUCCCCC